AUGGUUGAGUGGUGUGUUAUUGUUUAUGAUAAGCCAGGCUCUGACAGAAGCACUUGCAGGCCACAACAUCUUGCAGGUAUUCCACCGUUAGUGGAAGCUGGCAAAUUGGUUUGUGCGGGCGCUAUCUACAACGAACCUGCACAAGCAGGUGGAGAACGCACUUUUGCAGGGUCUCAUUUGCAAAUUGUUGCCGAUACCAAGGAGGAAGCCCUUGAAUUGGUUCAUAACGAUGUAUUUGCCAAGAACGGUAUUUGGGACUUGGAAAACAUUAUCAUCUAUCAAUUUGGAUGUGCUGUUCGUCAACCAAAGGCCUAA